AUGCACCAAGCCAUAUUCUAUGCGUCUGUCUCUCUGACCACCAUCUUCCGGUUCGACAUGGCCCUCCUUGAUUCGAAAGCUCACGCCGAGCACCCGUCGCCCACGGCAAAUUAUAGCGACGAUGACUUCCAACGAAUGGAUCCCAGUGGAGUCAAGCGAGGCCUCAAAACUCGUCAUCUGUCCAUGAUGGCGCUCGCUGGAAUCAUUGGGCCUGGUAUUCUGGUCGGUACUGGUGGCGCCCUCGCAGAAGGAGGACCGGCAUCUCUGCUCAUAGCUUUCAGCGUUAUCGGAUUCAUCGCUUUCAGCAUUACGCAAUCCUUGGGAGAGAUGACAACUCUGUACCCUACUGGUGGUGCUUUCGUCACGCUUUCCGACCGAUUUGUCGACAAAGCAUUCGGAGUAGCGGUGGGAUGGCAGUACUGGCUGGUGUGGGCAUGCGUGCUAGCCAACGAGUACAAUGUCAUCUCCUCUAUCCUGGUCUUUUGGGGUCCUGAGGUGCCUCUAUGGGGCUACUUUCUAAUCUUCUGGUUUGCAUUCCUAGGCUUCCAGAUGUUGGGCGUCGAGUCUUUCGGCGAAGCGGAGUUCUGGCUUGCCCUGAUCAAGCUUGCGGGUCUUUGCGCCUAUUUCAUCUUUGCCAUCAUCUAUGCUUCUGGCGGUCUCAUCGGGCAAGAUGAGGCACUCGGAUUUCGGUACUGGAACGACCCCGGUCCCUGGGUAGACGGCUUCCGCGGAGUAGCCACAGUCUUCGUUUUCGCUUCGACGUUUUACGCCGGCGUCGAGGCGGUUGCUGUGGCCGCUACAGAGACCAGAAACCCAUCGGUAGCUGUACCUCUGGCAAUUCGACAAGUCAUUUGGCGAAUUCUCUUCGUAUACAUCGGAGUUGCCUUCUUCUUUGGGCUCACAUGCCCUUCGGAUGCAGACGGCCUAGCGAACGGAGCCAGCCGCGCACUUAAGAGCCCUAUGACCAUAGCGAUCCAAAACGCUGGAUGGCAAGGAGGCGUGCAUUUGAUCAAUGCGUUCAUCUUCAUCACAGUCCUGAGCGCUGCGAACAGCUCAAUUUACAUUGGGUCCCGAACGAUACUCUUCAUGGCACAAGAGAAAAUGGCGCCGAAGUUCCUUGGGAGGACGAACAGCCGUGGAGUACCAAUCUACGCCAUUGUCUUCACGAACCUGUUCGGCGCGAUAUCCAUGAUGAACGUCAGUACUGGAGGUGGCCAGGCGUAUUCCUACAUCGUCAAUCUGAGCGGUGUCUCUACCUUCCUUGUUUGGGGUUCUAUCUCCUUUACGCACAUCCGCUUCCGGAAAGCUUGGAAAGCACAAGGUCGAACGCCCGACAUGUUACCUUUCAAGUCGCUCGCUUACCCGUGGAAUGCCUACUUUGGGGUAUCAGCCAACAUAUUCCUCGCUCUUGUUCAGGGCUGGACGACGCUGAGCCCAUUUGAUGCAGGCACAUUUGUCGACGCUUACAUUAUGUUGCCGGUGUUCGGGAUCAUGUUUGUGGGAUACAAAAUCAUAUUCAAGACAAGUUUCAGGCGCAGCCACGAGGUUGAUCUUGACACGGGAAUGAGGAAGGACCUGGAUAUGAAGGACGAAUACGUGCAGACGGAACCGCAUACCGAGCCGCGAGUGAAACAAGGCUUCGUCCAGAACCUCUGGCGAAAUUUCUGA